AUGACAACACUUCUCGACCCCCAACCUCAAAUUGAUCCCUCACAGAAGGCAAUGAUGGUGUUGAAGGACAGCACCAUUACCCCAGCUGCUAUGAACGUUGUUGGUGGUUACGUAAUGGGUUUUGGAUUUUCCCUCUUUGGUGCAAUGAUUUCAGCCGAAUCCACAACGCAGCGGAUGGGCACCGCCGACUUCUUCCGUUACAGUUUGAAAACGGCCCACAGACUCGGCUUCAGUUUUGCCUACUUUGGUUUCCUUUUCGGUGGCAUUGAGGUUGCGCUUGAGAAGCGACGGGGCCGUAAGGAUGUGUGGAAUGCUACACUUUCUGGUGGUCUUUUGGGUGGAGUGUACGGCUGUCGUUAUUAUAAAGCUCCCGGGCUUGUGGGUGGUACGUUAGGUGGUGCAGCCGUUUCUUUGAUGCUUGAACGUGUUAUGGAUGCAUUGGGGUUGGCUCAACGCUAA